CACUGUAGAUCCCUUCCACGGGUCCCAACCCCCUCCUCAAAAUUUGCCCCCCCAAGAAACUGCAAUCGCAGAGAGAGAGAGAGAGAGAGAGAGAGAGAGUUUUUGUCAGAGGCUGACAGUUCCCUCUCCACAGGGCUCCGGUUUCUUGCCAUUCCUUUCAUGGCCGUAUAGGAUUCUUGGGAGGAAGAGAGCGCACCCUUAUGCUUGUUUUGGCCAUCUGUCAGCAGUUGGGUUGGUGGGUCUGUCUUCUUUAUCAUAUAAUUUGAUCGAGGAGGAGUUGAAUUCUGUGAUGGCUUGCGGGUGGUUACGAUGAAUGGCCAUCGUCGUGCUGAUGAUGAGGCAGGAGGCGAGAGAAGUCGUUCCGCAAUAGCGAGGGGGUUGCGAAUCUAUGCGAGAAGGAGGAGGGGAUGGAUGAAGUGCCUGGCUCGGUGGGGACGAGCGCGAGUUUCGCUCUGAGAUUGGGCCAGACCAUCUUCUCUUCUGCUUCUCUCCUCUUCAUGUCCCUUGGCGUUCAGUUCUACAGCUACACCGCUUUCUGCUACUUGGUCACAAUCAUGGGUUUAAACAUACCGUGGAGUUUUACCUUGGCAUUGGUGGAUGGAUACUCCGUCCUGUUUAAGUGCCCGCUCCGACAACCUGGAGUUCUCCUCAUCAUCGUAAUUGGAGACUUGGUGCUGUCUACUCUCACACUAGCGGCAGCUAGCUCAACAGCUAGCGUCGUGGAUCUGCUGGUGCAUGCCAACGGGCCUUACAUCCCUCCAAAGUUCUGCAGUAGAUAUCAAAUAUCGGCGGCCAUGGCUUUCUUGUCGUGGUUUUUGUCCCUCGCUUCGUCGCUGUUCAACCUCUGGUUGCUUCCAGCUUUGUGAAUUCUCUGGCUCUCAAGAUUUUGCAGUGUUCAGUGGAAAUGUUCCGUGACAAUCUCACAACUGAACGGUGUUUAGCAUUCACGUUUACAGAAAAAAAGAUCUCUGGCUAUACUGUAAUGGAAAUUAUAGCAUUGAGCGUGCAAUUGUAGAUCAGAAAGUUACACUCGGAGCAUAAUACUCUCCAGAUCAUUGUGCAAAAUAUACAUAAUUCUUCCUAGUUUUAUCAUCAGGAAUCGCAAAUGCAAUUCUUUCAUUGUCUACAAA